CCAAAGGGGCAGUGAUGCUAGCCUGCUGCAGCAAAGCAAGUCUUAUGGCACCGUGGAUAGAGUGGCCAGCUGAAAAGAAGGUCAGGAUUCCUAUGCCUUGAAUAACUGCUUAGAAGAAGAAAUGUCAGCAGGUGCAACUUUUAAUAAACAUAAGCUACAUCUGCUGACGUUUCCUCUCCUCCCCACACCAGCCAUCAAAGGUGCAGGAAGCCCGAUCUUUUUUUCAUCUGGUCACCUUAAGAACGAUAACGAGCAAAGCCCUUUCUCUUCAGUUAUCCUAAAUCAAAGGGGUUACCAUUUAAUUCACCCGGCUGGUUUUCCCGCCAAUGAGGCUCCAGCCCACUUUCCCUCAAGCCAGGACGAGCCUGUCACCGCUCAGCUGCCGAGAGAACACGACGGAGAAAACCGCUUCCACCGCUCUCCUCAUCUCCUGCCACCCCGAAACAGCCACUCUGCGAUCUUCAAUUUUCAGAGUCUGCUGACAGUGAUCCUGUUGCUUAUAUGUACUUGUGCUUACAUAAGAUCCUUGGCUCCCAAAUUACUGGAUAACAAUCAAACUGGGUUAUUGGGCAUAUUCUGGAAGUGUGCCAGGAUAGGUGAACGGAAGAGUCCUUAUGUAGCUGUCUGUUGUAUUGCAAUGGCCUUCAGUGUUCUCUUUGUACAAUAAACAUUGGAAAAUGCUAGAAAUCUGUUGCGAUCACACUGCUAUGGAAUAAGACUUGAAGAAACAGAAGAGAAGAAAAAUUUGUUCUACACUUCCGUUUAUUUGCUCGUUUUGGACAAGACAAAUCUGUUUUUCCAAAAAGUCAUUUUAAAAGUAUGAACAUGAAAAUAGUAGAGCAUUAAAAUGUAAAAAAUGACAAAAGUAAAAUCAGACUGCUACCAAUGCUACAGUUUGAAUAAGUGUAUGUGUGAUGUGAGAUGAAAUGAGGUAAAAAUUGAGUCACAGGCCAAGAUUCAAAAUGUAACAGAUUUCAAAUUAGAUACUAUCAUAACAGCUUCAUACCUGACAUGUUGAAAAAAUCUUCAGAUUAUUGUCUAAUAAUAAUAAUUUUAGUAAGACCAAAUCUCUUUACUAUGAGUUGAUUUAGCAAUGUUUCUCCAAAGUCAGUAUUUCCCAAAUAUUUUUGAUUUAACUUAAACUUGAUUUUCAUACAUAUAAUGCAUCCUGUAUAUUGAUGAACUAUUAAAUAUUAGAUUUUUUUAAUUGCAUAAGAAAUGCAUUCAUUUCUGUUAGGAAAGGGAGUAAGCAUCUAGAUUUUUUUUCCACAGAAGCUAUCUUGAAAUUUGAUUUUUAAAUUAUUCAACCAAUAUUUCACUCUGCCAGGAGUUUCACUAUAGUAUACAUAACACUAUUGGUAAAACUGAUUCUGGCUGAAGUGGAAGUAAGGGGCAAUGUGCUCAUCUAGUAAAACGCCUGCAUAUUCGUGCCACCAUCAUACAACUUUAGAUUAUUCCUUUUGUUUAGAAAGGAAUACAAAUGUCCUGUGAUCCCCAUCUAUAAUUUUUUAUAUUGUACUUUUGCAAAGGACUUCUUUAUAGCCACCUUCUUACAGCUUUUUUCAUGAGGCUGUAACAUAUUUUUCAGAAUUAGAUCAGUGAAAUAUGAAUGAGCAACUAUAGAAUUAAACCACCUGGUUUAAUUAGUUUUGUUAAACUCUGAAGCGGAAAAUGGUGCAGCCUGGUGAAUAUUUUAGUCUGUUGAGGAAGCAGCAGUUUUCACACACUUAAGAUGUAAAUUUAUUCUUGAAGCUGAAUGUCAGCAGCCAUUGGAAUCAUAUUCUUUGCAAGCAGUGUGGCAUGGCAUAAUCUGGUAUGCAGCGUUUUGCAAACAAGAAUGCAAAGAACUUGCAAUAUGUGCAUUGCAGUCUGGUAUAUGUGGUUUAUCAAGACAUGACUGCCAGGGGUGGCCUGUAACUAGCUCAGAAUUCUGCGUUUCUAGGACAUUUCAUUUUAAUCACUGAUAAAAAUGUAACAUUUCCUGUUCAGUCUCCUUUCAUAGAAGCUUACAGAAAGUAUAUUCAUAACGACAGUUCAGUUACAUACAUGAAAAAUCAAAUAAAAAUUGUUAUCCUUGA